AGUUGUAAAAUAGUAGUGUCAGCAUUAAGUUCCAAAAGAAAUUAUUUGAAGUGUUCGAAACAUGUUCACAUGUGAUUAUUGUGCUCGAUUGUUCACUAGAAGGGAUAAUUUAGUACGUCACGGGGAUUGCAGAGCAUCAGUUAAAAUUUGUGAUCAAUGCGGAGAGAUUUUCAAAUCAGAGGGAGCCCUUCAACGACAUCGCAAAGAAAAACAUCCUAUGCCGAGGGUUCCGAAGCGUAAAGCUGAAAAUCCCUCAGUCUCUAUGGAUAAACGAGUUGGACUUAAUCCACAAGCAGCUUCAACAUCAUUCACCCGCUGGUGUCAAGAAUGUGAUCUGGAGAUUUCAAGAAAUCGAUGGGUUGGACAUCUUCGGAGUCUCCAACACCAGGCCAACACAUGUGUGGAGCAGGAGGAUGAGGAAGGAGUGGAACUGGUUAAAACCUCUUUCAAGAACCGAAUUGCUACCUACCGACUUGCCUCAACACAGGACCCUACCAGCGUGAAGGAUUUUUUAAGACAUCUUGAAAAAAAAUUCAUCAAGCUGAUAGAAAAGAAUGUCCAGAAAUUUGGACAUAUCAAAGUCGGUGUGGAGCUUUUCGGACGUUUCCUCUUGCAAGCCAAGGAUGUUGAGGAAGUUAAGUCCUUCAAUUCAAAAUUCCAACUGGUGGGCAUAGGUCUUGAUUUGAAAAAGUUAUUUAAGCAGUUUUCAGAUAUCACGGAUAAGAAGUGUUCUGAAUUUCAAGAGAAAGAAAGUGGCUGGGCACUGCAACAACUCCUCUAUUUAAAUAUAGCUAUAAAUAAAGUUCAUCCCUUAAAAGCUUCUUCGUAUUUGCCCCUGCCGAAAGUGAUCGAAGCUAAAAAAGCUGUCCUAAACAUCCAGAACUCGGAUCAGAAAUGUUUUUUGUGGUCAGUAUUGGCUCACCUGUAUCCAGUUGUUACAACUCAAAAUGCGAACAGACUCUCGAACUAUUUGCCUUUUGAGAACCAGCUCGACUUUACAGGUCUGGAAUUUCCGAUUAAACUUAAAGACGUCGGUAAGUUUGAGCAGCUCAAUAAUAUUUCAAUCAACGUUUACGGACUCGAUGAAGUUUAUGAGAAUGGUAGAAAUAUUAUUGAAGUUGUUGGUCCCUUAUACUUUACUCUGUCUCGAAAAGCAAGACAUGUAAAUUUGCUGUUAAUCAGUGAUGACUUUGGUAAUACCCAUUACUAUUUGAUAAGAAACAUGUCUCGCUUGAUUUCAAGUCAACUAUCGAAACAUAAAGAGGCUAAGCACUUGUGUGAUGGAUGCUUGUUGUACUUUCCAACUGAGCAAAAAUUAAAAGCUCAUCAAGAACACGACUGCGGUCACGUUUCCGUUAAGCUUCCGACAAUAGACUCGAAGAAAAAUAAAUACGGUGAAGAGGCCCCCGAGAAUAUUUUGAAAUUCAUAAACUUCGAAAAGAAAUUAAAGGUACCUUUUGUAUGCUAUGCCGAUUUCGAGACUAUAAUUGAGCCGAUUCCUGAAGAACAUAAGCAAUUAGAUCCCGAACAAUCCUAUACUGUUAAAAAACAUAAAGCUGUCCCUUAUUCUUUCGCCUACUACAUUAAAUGCAAUUUUGAUGAUUCUUAUUCGAUUUUCAAGACUUUCAGGGGACCUGAUGCACAAAAAGUUUUCGUAGAAUGGUUAGAGACUGAUUGUAAAUCAAUCUAUAACCGAUUUAUGAAAGACAUAGUGCCCAUGCAUCCUCUAAGUCGAGAACAAGAAAAUGAGUUUCGCAAUGCGAAAAAUUGUCAUAUUUGCAAGAAACCGUUUAAAGAUGGAGAGGAAAGAGUAAGGGAUCACUGUCAUAUAACGGGUAAAUACCGCGCUGCAGCCCACUCCAUUUGUAACCUAAAUUUUAAACUUCCGAACUUCAUUCCGAUCUUCUUUCACUGCAUGUCCAAUUUCGAUUCCCAUCUGUUUAUCAAGGAGUUGGCUCAAGGAAACGAGAGAUUGGAUGUUAUCCCUCAAAAUAAAGAAAGGUACAUUUCAUUCACCAAACAUAUUUUGGUGGAUAAGAUCCGACUUGACGAAAAUGGAAAAUAUAAACAGGUAUUUUUAAAAUUGCGCUUCCUCGAUAGUUUCCGAUUCAUGGCAUCUAGUCUAGAUAAAUUAUCACAAAAUUUAAAGCCGGAACAAUGUCGAGAAGUUAGAAAAAAUUUUCCCGCGGAAGAUGAAUUUCAAAUGAUUCGACAAAAGGGCGUUUUCCCGUAUUCCUACGUGGAUUCAUUUUCGAAACUAGAUGACACCAAGCUUCUAUCCAUUGACGGUUUCUACAAUGAUUUAAGAAAAGAAGCCAUCAAUCGGAAAGAUUACGAGCGUGCACAAAAAGUAUGGAACUUGUUCAAAUGUAAAACUUUAGGCCAAUAUUCAGAUAUUUAUUUAAAAUCAGACGUGCUUAUUCUGGCUGAUGUUUUUGAAAAUUUCAGAGACGUGUGUUUAUCAACCUAUGGUCUGGAUCCUUGUCAGUAUUAUACAGCUCCAGGGCUAUCAUUUGAUGCAGCUCUCAAAACGACAGCCAUAGAGUUGGAACUACUGACGGAUAUAGACAUGAUACACUUUUUGAAACGUGGCAUUCGCGGAGGGGUAAGUCAGUGUAGCGUAAGGAAAGCUGUCGCGAACAAUAAAUUUAUUCCUCAUUAUGAUGCUUCCAAACCUGAUUCCUACAUUAUGUACUUGGAUGCAACCAACUUGUAUGGUGCAGCCAUGUUACAAUAUUUACCAACGGGUAAUUUUAAGUGGCUUGACGCGGAAGAAAUUCAAAAUUUGGACUAUUUAAAAUUAGAAAAAAAUUCAAACACUGGUUACAUUUUAGAAGUUGAUUUAACGUAUCCGGAAGACUUACAUUAUACGCAUAACGAGCUACCCUUUUGCCCAAAGUCCGUUGCUCCAGAAGGUUCUAGAAUCAAAAAACUUAUUCCGAAUUUUAACCGUAAAGACAAAUAUGUUAUUCAUAUUCAAAAUUUGCAGCAAGCGAUCAGUCACGGUUUGAAAGUAGAAAAAAUUCAUCGCGUUCUCACUUUCAAACAAUCACCCUGGGUCAAAACUUAUAUUGACCUGAAUACAUCAAAAAGAAAUGCUGCGUAUAAUAAGUUUGAGAAAGACUUUUUCAAAUUAAUGAAUAAUGCGGUGUUUGGGAAAACUAUGGAAAACGUGGAGAAAAGGGUAGACAUCAAGCUAAUCACUCAUUGGGAAAAUAUUGGUAGGAAACGGGGAGCGGAAUCGUGGAUUUCAAAGCCUCACUUUAAAGACGUCACCAUUUUCGGUGAGAAUUUAGUGGCUAUUCAUAUGGCUAAACAGAAAAUUAAAUAUGAUAAGCCUAUUUACGUGGGAUUCGCCAUCUUGGAUAUAUCCAAGACAAUCAUGUAUGAUUUUUUGUAUAGCUAUAUCAAGCCCAAAUACGGGAAUAAAGCGACCUUACUCUACACAGACACUGACUCCCUUAUUUUAAAAGUAGAGACACAAAAUUUUUAUGAUGAUAUGAGGGAAAAUUUGAAUAAAUUCGAUACUUCCAAUUAUUCACAGAACAACCCACACAAUCUUCCUGUAAGCCAGUCUAUUUUGGGUAAAAUGAAGGACGAGUAUGCAGGUAAGAUUUUGUGGGAGUUCUAUGGCACCGCGGCGAAGGCGUAUUGUGUUAAUGUGGAAGGUGAACUCACUAAAAAAGCCAAAGGCGUACCUGAUUACGUCACCAAGAAAGAAUUAACCCUUGAUGAUUAUAAGACUGCAGUUGACGUAGAAGGUACGCUUAUUCUUCGUCAAAUGAACACUUUCCGUUCACAUAAACAUGAUAUGUACAUCGAAUUUAAAAAUAAGGUAGCUUUAUCAUACGCGGACGAUAAACGCUACGUUAUACCUGGUACAGAGUAAACGCUCGCUUGGGGACAUAGAGAUAUAGAAUUGUAUAAGGAAUCAUCGGAAAUUCCAGAGAGUCAAGACUGAUAGCUUUUAAGCACGAAGCUUUCAAGGGUUUAUAGUUUUUAAGGUAUUUAGGUUAGGAUUUUUUUUCACCUAUUAGUUUUAGUAUUAUUUAUUCAUUUUAGACUUAUUUAUUCUUAUAAUGUUAUUUAUUUGUAAGUUUAUUUUUAUUUUAAUAAAACACUUGUUUUUUUGUU